UUGGGAAACCUUAUGGGCUAGUAUCCACCGUGUGACAAUGUGCUAUCAAGGCCGGACCUAAAAAUUGAGUGCCCUGGGGCUAUUUUCGUCAGAUAUUUGGUAAUAGCUCAGUAGUCGGGACAGGGCAUCGUCUGACUCUAUCGUUGAGAGACAUGGACCAGCCGCGAACGGGACACACUUCAUUGACUAAUUUUAAUUGUUAAUGCUGAUGCUCUGAAUGGGAAAACAAUCAUUUCCCUGUCGUCAUUAUUAAAGAUGUCAGACAAAGCGUAUAGCUGAAUCAAACUGCGGCUCUAUUGGACUUCAAGCGAUAGAUUGGGAUGUAGGCUAUGCGAAAUUGUGCGGUUCGCAUUGGAAUGCGGUUAUCUUUGGAAUAAACAAACGCAUGUGAUGCUAAGGCGCAUCUGCACUGCUGCCAAGAAUAAUAAGACUAUUUGACUGUGGGGAGUUUUCUUGUCAUUGGAUUGCUAAUAAUCCAUCCAGUUGGAUUGUCAAAAACCUAUGAAACGAUUUGAAGGUCGCCUUCGAUUUGAGAUGUUGGCGAUUAACUGCGCUUUAAUUGUAGCGUUCAUGCACAGCGGGACAGCCUCCAGGUGUGUAGACCAUGCCUGCAGUCCUCCCAUGGGCAACCUGGCCAGUGGUAGGACCCUCACCACCCUCUCAGGCUGCUGUGGGAAUGGGUCCCACCACUCCCCAUGCCCCACUCCCCUCCACACCUGUCCAGAUCAUCUCCACCCUCCUGCCCACAUGGUGGAUGAUCCCUUCCUGCACCCAGACACCUGGUGGGGCUCGGGCGUGGGCACUGACCAAGUGGAGGAGGUCCGUCUGGACCUGGAGACCCGUUUCUGUCUGACCCAUGUGGUGCUGCUGUUCCACUCACCCAGGCCCGCUGCCAUGGCCAUGGAGCGCUCGCAGGACUUCGGCCGGACGUGGGAAACACUCAAGCUGUUUGCACAGAACUGCAGUCUGGCGUUUGGUCUUCCUGAUGACACCAGUCAGCAUGGCUCGCGGUGUACGUCCCGGUACUCCAGUGCCAAGCCGUGCAGCAGGGGAGAGGUGAUAUUUCGGACUCUGGGUCCUGGUGGAUUAGUUGACCCCUACAGUCCAGAGGGCCUUUCCCAGCUGACCCUCACCAACCUCCGCCUCAGACUUCUCAAGGCUCAGACCUGCCCAUUAUCUGUUGCGCCUUCCACCUCUUCUUCCUCCAUCAGACUCUUCAAACCUCCUGCGGACCUGAAUCUUCCCCUUCUCCCUUCCCCCCAGCCCAGCUCAGAGGCCCCUGCCUCAGCUCCAUUUGCCAUUUACACUCUCCUGGCUCGGGGGACCUGUCUCUGUCAUGGCCAUGCAGAACACUGCUUACCCCACAGAGGUGGACAGGACACACUGAAGGACAUGGUGGCUGGCAGGUGUGUGUGCACUCACCACACAGCAGGAGAACACUGUGAAAGGUGUGGCCCACUCUACAAUGACCAGUCCUGGAAGCCAGCCAAUGGCAGCAGUGGGGAGCCACACCCGUGUCAUAAGUGUGAGUGUCACGGCCAUGCAGAGAGCUGUCAUUUCUCCAAGAGGGCGUGGCUGUCCUUGGAGGGCACCAGUGGGGGUGUCUGUGACGACUGCCAACACAAUACAGCUGGGCGCAGGUGCCAGCGCUGUCGCCACGGUUACCACCGCCAACCAGCCAUGCCCCUCAACUCCCCCCACAUCUGCACACGUUGUUGGUGUGACCCACUGGGCUCAUUACCAGCCAUCUCUGGGGAGGAGGGCCGAUGGUGCCACCCCAGGAGUGGACAGUGCCAUUGCAGACCUGGUGUGGGGGGAACAGGCUGCAACCAUUGCCUCCCUGGAUACUGGGGCUUUGGGGGAGAGGGGUGCAACCCCUGUGCUUGUCCCCAAAACUGUGACCCCCACACUGGGCUCUGCCUGGACAGCUAUGCAAAUAACCAGGUUUUAAAUAUACCUAUGGGAGGCAAGAUUCUUGCCAUGGACCAUGCCUUGACCACUGAGGGUGAGCCAGUGUGGUCAAAGCAACUGGCAGUCUCUGCCCUGCACUACACAGGGAAAUGCAGUUGUAAGGAGAGAAAGUUGAGGAGUGUCUCAGAUCUCUGCAAGACCAAAUAUGCCUAUGUGAUCAAAGCCAGUGUGUUGUCAGCUCAUGACAAGGGGAGCCACGCAGAGGUACAGGUCAAAGUUCGCAAGGUCCUGCGUUCAGGACAGGUGCCUCUCUCCCAGGGCACCCACAGUAUCUACCCCCUCUCCUGGACUAGCCGGGGGUGCACCUGCCCCAUCCUUAAUCCAGGUGUGGAGUACCUACUGGCGGGUCCAGAGGAGGUAGAGACAGAGCGGCUGCUGGUCACCAUGCAGAGUGUGGUGGUUCCCUGGACCCCUCAACUGGGGACCCACAUAUCGGAGGGCCUAAGGCAGGGCUGCCCAGAACACCCUCUCCAAACCAUUAACAGAGCAAUUUGAAAGGAAAUUGAGGGUUGUAUGACUGGUUCAAUAGAUAAUUCAGGAAAGGGACUGAAAGUCAGUGGAAAAGGCUUGACCGAGUGUCUUGACCAAUGACGGCUAUGGAAAAUCUUCCCCCUAAAAGACUACAACCCUGCCAUAUGAUGCAAAGAGGACUGACUGGAAUCUUUUGAGCCAUUCUUGUGAAGAUGAUUAAACUUGGGGGAAAUACCACACACAAACAUUUAAAAAAAAGCAUCCUUCUGGAAUCCAAUGAAUGUUUGGGUAGUCAUAUUUGAGCCAUUAUUUUCUGCAAGCCAGUGUUAACUAUCAGACACAACAAACCCUGGUAUACAAGCUUUACAGACUUUGUGUAUGUCAAAAGCCAUGCCUUUAAUGAUAACAUCAAAAUGCCUACUAGGUUCUAUAACAAUAUAUUACAUUCCAGUCUCUGCUUUUAGUGUACUAUAUAUUUAUCAGUAUCCAAUUCCAAUCAUUUAGUGUUCCAAUUAAAAUGCUAAAAAUACACCUACUUACUUAAAUAUUGAGGCACACAAGAGAGUGCACUGCUCUAGUCUGCAGCCUUCUUGGUGGGGAGUUUCCCAGGUCAGGCCACACUCCAUUUUCUUUUCUAUUGUUCUUCUCCAUGUCUCUCUUCAGCGUAGUGCAAUCGCAGGGUGCAGGUCUGGUGGUAAUCUAAGUCUACACAUCGCCAUCGCCUUUUCCAGCAACAAAUAGGGCCUACAAAGUACAUCAAAAGAUAAACCUGAGAAACUUAAGUGUUACGAAAAUGUAGCUAAUAUCUUAAUCCAAGGCUGUGUGUGUGGUGCAGUUUUACCAAAGAAUAAACUCAGGAUCCCUGAGGAAGAAUCACUUUCAAAGCAUCAUGGGCCAGUCGUAUAUAUGAAUAGGUAGCUUCAUUUGUGUUUGAAGGAUUUAAACAUAAGAUUAGAAAGGUGUGAAAGAGGAAAUUAGACAUGGUUCAGUAUUAACUUUAAUCAGGAGAGGUUAAAUAGGAGUAGCAGUCCAUUAAGGUUUAAAUUAUGUUUUAAAAGCAGGUGAAGGAAGCGCCUGUGGAUGGAUACUCAAGCUUUGCACAAUUUCAACAUUGACUAAAUAGUUUUUGUACAAUGAUUGCCUAGCACCUGUCUAGAUGCUACUGUAUAUAUAUACACUCACCAGCCUUUCUUCAUAAGAACAGGAGUUGUUGAUAAAAGCAGCCAGCACCAAACACAUUUGGCCUUUCAGAACCCUCUAACUAGAAAAGACAUACUUUUGUGUAUAGUGUAUGCGUACACCCAUUCAAAUUAGCAAAUUAGGCUAUUUCAGUCAUACCCUUUGCUGACAGGUGUAUAAAAUUGAGCACACAGCCAUGUAGUCUCCAUAGACAAAUAUUUGAAUUAGAAUGGCCUUACUGAAGAGCUUAGUGACUUCCAAUGUGGCACCUUCAUAGGAUGCCA